UAAUAAAACUAAUAACGUUAACAAACAACUGAUAAGAAAAUCUAUGAUCAUACUGUCAAAUCUUCUGUGUUUGUACUGUGUCAUAAUUUUAAUUUAUGUCAAGCAAGCACAAUAAAUAAAAAUCUAGUUUAUACACUAACCUAUUUAUUGUGUGAAAGUUGUGUUAUAUUCAAAAUACAAUGAAUAGAAAUAUCAAAUGACUCAGCUUUUGAUAAAAAAUAACUAUUCUUUUUUCAGGAUGGUGCUAUAACUCGUCUAGCAAUCUCCUUGGAUGAUAAACAUAUAGGCUUUGCCAAUGGACGAGGCGUAGUCACCGUGACAGCUUGCAAGCAAUCACUUAGCGGUGGCCAUUCUACUGUGACAUCUAAGGAGCAUCAAAAUAAUGAAGUCACCGCUAUGUCCUGGAAUGAUAGAAAUAUGCUGUUCACCGGGGAUGAUAUCGGAAGAAUAUCGGUAUUGCAUCUCCAAGGUUUUAUUGCGAAAACAAUGUUCCAGAGUUCAUCACAAGCUAUAAUGAGUUUAGAUUCUCGCAUUUGCCAAAUCGACGUGAAAGAUACAAUGUUACUUGUGUCCACACUAACCAGAUGUUAUAUAUGUGACACUGCACAGGAACAAUACAGGCAGAUAGGUCAGAAACUUCGGGACGGUGAAUACGGUGCCUGUUUCUUUAACACGGAGAAAUCUCUAGACAAUUGUACACAUACAAAUCAUGACAUCACAGAGAUAAAAAAAUAUAAUAUUGUCGAUAACGAUAAAGGCUUUGCUGUCAAUAAGAAAUUAGCAAACACAGACAUAUAUUGCGCUCGGCCGUCAUCUAGACUAUGGGAAGCUGCUAUUGAUGGUACGGUAAAACGGACUCACCAAUUCAAACAUGCUCUAGCAAAGAGUUCUAUGACGAUACUAUCUGCAGAAUCUUAUGACAAUGAAAAUAUUUGCUUGGAAACUCCGACGGUUAACGGUGACGGUCAAUCUAUAAACUUUCCAAGAAUAUACAAUUUAAAUGGUACAAUAUUUUCGUUUAAAAAAGAAGCUCUUUAUUUUCUGAAUCAUGAUAACGUCGAUGAUACUACAUGGUACUCCUUCAAAGAUAUUGUGGAUUGUAAAAUAUAUCAUGAUUUAAUAUAUGUUUGGUUAAAGAAUGGUAGCAUCGUUAAUUUGAAAUAUAUGAAGAUGGAAAAAUUUCUCAUUAAAUGUUAUGUUGACGCAAAGUUUAGACUUUGUGCUGAAAUGUGUGCCUUGUUCCGAGACCUCUUACUUUCCAAAUGCUUGUCUAGUAAAAUGCAUAUUUUAGCUGGUUUAAGAGAUAAAUUACAAAAUAAGGUUUUAUUGGAUAAUAUAGAAGAUGUGCUAAAUAAGUUUGAUAGUUUGAAAUCAAACGAUGCUACCCAAAUGAAAUCUGGAAUAUUUGUCGUGGAUAAUACUUAUCAUACAUCUUGUUUGUUGGAAGAGGAAUGUAAUACUCAAGAUCAAAAACUGAACGAUGAUAGUAUGUUCACUACAUUAUCUCCUGAAGCAAUACAAGCAUUUAAAGAUCUCAGUGUGUCAGUAUCUGAUAAAUUAAGUACAAGUAAGAAGAUCAUUAAAGAGAAAUGGGAAGAUUUCGAAGGAAAAAUGAAGAAUCUAGCAGUGGAAAAGCCACAAAUUCAGGAAACGGCUCUUCCUAAAAGAAUAAUACCACCUGAUAAUGUUGAAUAUAAACCAGAGACAUUUGAUAACGAUAUAGUGUACAAAGAAUCUAGUCAGAAGGCCAUAGAAAUAGACAAUAAUAGUUUAGAUAAAGACAAAGUGUGUAAAUUCCUGUAUCAAUACUUUAGAUUAAGUUUAGUCGGUAAGGAAUCAGAACGAUCGAAUUUAGUUUCCAUUAUAGAAAGCAACGCCUGUGAUAUCAGAAAGAUCUACGAACUUAUGUUACAAUUAGAGCAAUAUUGUUUAUCGGUGGGAGCUAUAGAAGAAUCAAAGCAUGCUCCUAAUAAUAUAUUUCUAACUUAUUUAAGCUGUUGCAGUAGUAAGAACGAACUCUUAGAUCGUAUAGUGCGCGAUGAAGACUUGUACAAAUAUUUUGUCGACUCCUGUAUAUCUGUGAACGUUAAAAGCCAUAAACUCGCGAAUUUAGGUUGCGAAUGUGGUUACCCUUUACCUUACACGCGAAAUUAUCAAAAUCCAGCGUUCUCGGAAUUGAUAGAUGAAUUCAUAGAGAGACAGUGGUCGAGCGAAUUGAGAGAGCAAUGCUAUGAUAUAUGUAAGAGGAUGCCUUACCUUUGGAAGAAGAUAUUGUAUUUGCGAAGGAACGAGGAUUUGCAUAACGUGUUAAGGGUACUGCUACAGAUGUUGGAUGAGAAUCUUCUGCAUUCGUUCUUGCCUCAGUUUACUAUGGAAAGUUGGGAUGGAGCUAUAAGGCUGUACGCGAAUUUGCAUGCAAAUAUGUGUUUGAACUGUGAUAGGAAGUUUGAUCAUGUUUCUGUUAGGGAUAUGCUCAGUUGGGAUGAUCUGGGAGCUUUAAUUGUGAAAUCUGUGGGCGGAAAAAACGCCGUGAAGAUACUAGAGAAACACGCGAGGCUGAUAGACGUAGGGGAGUUAACUAUGAAGUUCUACCAUACGGCGUUACUGGUUGCGAUGUACGAGAAAUGCGAUUUGACAAUAACGUGUCAAUUGACGGACGCGUUGUAUGGAGCGUACGAGUUCGAAGAUUCUAGGCGUGAGGUAUGACGUCUUUUUUAUUCACAUAAACAUUUGUAUUUUAUGUUGUAAGCUGAGUUUCU